UUGCUUCAACUCGGAGGUACUCGCUUACGUCCAAUUUCUCCUUCAGCUAUCUACUUUUUCCUCUCCUUUAUUUGGACAAACCCUCCCUGUGUCACCCUUUUCCUUGUCUUUCAUUCGGCGAGCGUUUUCGCUGCCAUUUUAGGACUGUUUAUCACCGAGCUGACCCUCAACAGCAGCAGCAGUCGACGUUAAGACCUUAAGUCUUAAUUCCGAGACGGUUAUAUAAGAAGGUAAAAGCUGCCAUUUAUUUUUGCGCAGACCAUUAUUCUGCUUGAAAAGAGACAUUUCCCGCCCGUGUUCAUGCCAGAUUUGCAGCGUUUUAGUUUCCCGUACCAUAGCAUGAAUCCAUUGUUGGGGGGCACGGCUCAUCUCCAACAACCCCCACAGCCGAGCCAGGCCACCGGACAGCCAGAAUCCCCCUCGGGCCUCCUUCCGGACGCCGUGUUCGGGUCUCCGGACCCGGCGUCGUUGCUGCUAGCUGAACUCCCCGCUUCGGAGCUUCACCCCGGGCCCGAGUUCCCCUCCCAGAAUUCCCCCUACAUCCACCACUAUCAGCAUCAGCACCACCACCCCGCUGUGCACCAUCCUCCCGCGGCUAUGGCUCUGAGGAACGACCUGGGCUCCAACAUCAGUGUGUUGAAGACCCUCAACCUGAGAUUCAGGUGCUUCCUGGCUAAAGUGCACGAGCUGGAGCGUAGAAAUAAAGUUCUGGAGAAGCAACUGCAGCAGGCGAUGGAGGCCAACAACGGCGGUUGCAGGCCUCACACUCAAGAAGCUGGCGUGCAAACCGGCUUUGUGGGAGCUAUUCCACUCAGACCUGGGUCUCUCCCCUUCCACAACACCAACAACUCAGCCAGAAGGCCCACCACCUUAACCUGUAAUGCACCCGAGACCUCCACCACUUCCACCAGAACCGACAACUCUUCUAACCCGACCGUCACCGUCAGCCAACCGUCCCCCUCCGCUGACUCCCCCGGGUCCAGAACCGGCGGACGCUCGGUGGCCACAGCGCCUCGUUUCCUCCCGGGAACGAUCUGGUCUUACAACCCUACUCGCAGGUUCGGAUCGGAUCGGCCGACAAGCCCGGGGGUCUCCUGGGUUCACCCGGAUGGAGUCGGAGUCCAGAUCGACACCAUCACACCUGAGAUCAGAGCGCUCUAUAAUGUUCUGGCUAAAGUCAAGCGGGAGAGGGACGAGUAUAAACGCAGAUGGGAAGAGGAAUAUACAAUGAGGGCGGACCUGCAGCAGAAGAUUGCUGACUUGCAAGAGGACCUGCAAGAGAGCGAAGGCUGCCAGGAUGAGCUGGCCCUCCGCGUUCAGCAGUUGAAGGCCGAGUUGGUUCUCUUCAAAGGCCUCAUGAGCAAUAAUCUUUCUGAUCUGGACACAAAGAUCCAAGAGAAAGCCAUGAAGGUGGACAUGGACAUUUGCCGGCGCAUCGACAUCACGGCUCGCCUCUGCGACGUCGCUCAGCAGAGAAACUGUGAAGACGUCAUCCAGAUCUACCAGGUUACCAACAACCCCCCGUCACUUAGCCUGCGCCGCAAACAAACGCCGUUAUCCGUCAACGGCAGUGAAGGUGAUGAACCAAUCAGCAUGUCUGAAAGCGACGCCGGUGUGGCUAAAGAUGACGAGCAACAACAAAUACAGCAGCAGCAACAACAACAGCACAGCAACUCAUCAGCCAAUCAGAUUAACGAGGAAAUGCAGCGAAUGCUAAAUCAUUUGCGCGAGUGCGAGUUUGAAGACGACUGUGACAGUCUAGCCUGGGAAGAAACAGAGGAGACGCUGCUGCUGUGGGAAGAUUUCCCAGGAUGCACUCUGCCUCCUGACCCCGCCCACCCGCCUGGGGAGCAGGAGGACUGUCUGGAAAAAGUUAUAAAUGACACAGAGUGCUUGUUCAAGUCCAGAGAGAAGGAAUACCAGGAGACUAUUGACCAAAUUGAGUUGGAGUUGGCAACGGCAAAGAGUGACAUGAACCGCCACCUGCACGAGUACAUGGAGAUGUGCUCCAUGAAGAGAGGCCUUGACGUCCAGAUGGAGACCUGCAGGAGGCUCAUCACGCAAAGCGGAGACAAUAACGCAGCGGCGCAGACGUCGUCUGACGAAAGCGACCAACGAGAUAGCGACAGGAGCUCGGCGUCGCCCCCGUCUGGCACCGGGAGGUCCUGACACCUUGCCGCGGCGGUCACAUGAUCUCUGAAACAGUACCACACCGUCACAUCAACACACCACCCCUGUGUUUCUGCAUUCAUUAUCAUUAUCACAUCAAAUUAGGUAAAAUGUGCUGUCAAUUAGCUACCUUAUAUAAGCAGUCUGUUAAUGUGAAGGUUUAGUAGGAUUUGGUACAAAACGCUAAGCUUUCAUUUUACUUUUAGAUUAACGCAUAGGCUGCCAGCCCUCCCAGUUCAAAAGUAUUGGACGUCUAUCACCGUCAAUGUAAGCGAAUGAGUUGAAAAUGCUGAAUUUAACUAUAGCAGCUUCAACAUUUUGGAAAAAAUAAUUCUCUACAGAGUUGCAACAAGUGAUUAUUUUGAUAGCCGGCAUCACAUUAUUUUUGUUAUUGGCUCAUAUGUAAGUUGUAUAAAUUAUGUGUUGUUUACAGUUUUCUGGGCUUCACAAUUUAGCUUUAAAUUUUCUUUGAAAUCAAAAAUUAUGUGGUAAGAAAAGUUGAGCUAUGAUUAUUAUGUAACUACAUGUAAUUUUUUUUCCAAUGUAAAAGCAAUGAUCUAAUUUUGGAUUAAUUUGAAAAUGUAAUCAGUCUGCUUUAAACAAAAAUAGAGAAUUAUAACCCCCCCCAACUUUUUUUUUUUUUU